GCCAGCUCGGUGGAGGGAGCAGGACAGCGGUUGAACACUGGCCAUCAAAACAGCUUCAGCAGGAAGUCAGCCAUGCCUUUCUUCGGGGGAGUGCUCGGCAUUAGUUUGGCACCGUUCAUCAGAGCGAGACCAUCGCUCUAUCGGUUCGUGAAGCCAAUCGCGGACAAGUAUCAGGAUGCGUGCGGCUAUCGCAAGAUGGGCCUGCUGGGAGAUGACAUUAUCCCGGACGAGAACCCCAUCGUGGAGAGGGCACUCGCAAGACUGACCGAUCGCCAACGCUACGACCGUGCCUUCCGACUCCGCACGGCCGUACAGUGCUCCGUGCUCCACCACGACUUGCCCAAGGAUCAGUGGAUCAAGCCAGAAGAGGAUAUCUCAUACUUGCGCAGCCACAUCCGUGACAUCGAAAAGGAAGACAAGGAGCGAGCUUACUGGGAGAGCGUGACUGUCAAGAAGAAGAGCGCGCACGCAUAAGCCGGCUUCUGUCCGCUCGCUUGGGCCGGACUCUUUGUCAGAGCACGAGCUGCUCCCCCUUGCGAUUUCGUCGCGCGUGUGUGAUCCAUGCAGAUCGUCUUUUCAUAUCGAGCGAUGCCUCCCAUGACGUCUCGCCGAGCUACAGCUACAUUGCGCAAUUGCGGUCAGCCUGCCUGGUUCUGCUUCGAGCAGCCGUCAUGGCAUCUCAGCCGUCUGCGAGCUUGUUCGUCGGCAUUGCAGUCAUACAGACGAGUCGUGCCAGACAG